AUGAAAAGAGACCAUCCUAAUUCUUCGGAGAGAACGUCUAUAAGCAAGACACAGAAUAAUUGCACCAAGACUGGAAAUCAAGCCUGAAGAUGUUUCUCAAUAUGCUAACAGGUUGGGAAAGAAUUUGGUUUGGCUCUAUGACAAUAGCACUCGCUGUUCUAUGUUUUUCCUUUCUGAUAUUACUUCAGAGGAGAAAGAGCAAACUUCCUCCGGGUCCUACAGCCUUGCCCUUCCUGGGCAAUUUACAUCAGCUGGAUUCCAAAGAUGUGAUCAAAUCUUUAAGAGAGCUGAGCCACAGAUAUGGUCCAGUCUUCACCAUCUACCUUGGACCAAAACCCAAUGUCGUCCUCUAUGGAUACAAGGCAGUCAAGGAAGCUUUGGUGGAACAGGCUGACAAUUUUAGUGGCAGAGGAGAGUUUCCUGCAUUUCACAGAUUCACUCGAGGAAAUGGAAUGGCAUUUUCCAAUGGGGAGAAGUGGAAGGACCUCAGGCGUUUUGCAUUGGCAACCCUGCGAAAUUUUGGAAUGGGGAGGAGCAGCAUAGAGGAAAGAAUUCAAGAGGAGGCACAAUACACGUUGGAAGUGUUCAGAAACACAGAGCAAAAGCCUUUUGAUCCAACUUUCUUCUUGAGUCAAGCCGUCUCCAAUGUCAUCUGCUCAAUCGUCUUUGGUAAUCGAUUUGAGUAUGACAACAAGAAAUUUGUGUCACUUCUUGAACAUAUCAGUGACAUUUUUCAUAUUUUAAGCUCUGGCUGGGGAAAGCUUUAUAACAUAUAUCCUGGGAUCAUGGGUUACUUGCCAGGACCUCAUCAACGCAUUUUCAAAAAUUUUCAAAGCAUGAAAGAUUUUGUCCUGGAGAUUGUGAGGGACCAUGAAAAAACAUUUCAGGCUGAAAAUCCACGUGAUUUCAUAGACUGUUUCCUUAUCAAGAUGCAAAAGGAAAAAGGAAAACCUAUAAGCUACUUCAACAUGGAGACCCUUGUGAUGACAACUCUUAAUGUGUUCUUUGGAGGAACGGAAACUGUUAGUACUACUUUAAGAUAUGGGAUCCUUAUUCUAAUGAAAUACCCAGAUAUAACAGAGAAAGUCCACCAAGAAAUAGACAAAGUGAUUGGAAGAAACCGAUGCCCAACAGGGGAAGAUAGGACCAAGAUGCCAUACACUGAUGCUGUGAUCCAUGAGAUACAACGUUUUACCAGUAUAAUUCCACUGAAUGUACCCCAUUGUGUCAUACGGGAUACCCAGUUCAGAGGCUAUACUCUGCCUAAGGGCACAAACGUGACCCCAGUCCUUGCCUCUGUCCACAACGAUCCUGAGAAAUUCAAGGAACCCGAAGCAUUCAACCCAGAAAAUUUCUUGGAUGAGAAUAAUCGGUUCAAGACUAAUGAUGCUUUUAUGCCUUUCUCUGCAGGUAAACGCAUCUGUCCAGGGGAAGGUUUAGCCCGCAUGGAAAUUUUCAUAUUUUUUACUACUUUCCUGCAAAAUUUUGAGUUCAAACCCACAGUGCAUCCUGAUGAGAUCGACCUCACCCCAUCACUCAGCGGUGUUGGCAAUGUACCCGUAGAUUACCAGCUAAUUGCUGUACCUCGUUAGUAUACUGAGAAGUAUGGUAAUUCAUGGUGCUUUAUGUACAUUUAAAAUAAAUUCUGUGCCAGACACUAGAGGGCAGCAUUAUAAUGUGUAUUGGUAGGCAACGAGCAACUCAGAAACCUGUAUUAUACUGAAAUGUAAAAAUUUUCAACAUAGUAAACACUAAAUAAAGUAAAAUAUAAUAAAGGUAAUGCAAGAUUAGGUCAGAACAGCCUGUUCAUCACAACCUUAAAAGGGUCCCCUUCUUCCCGUACUCAGCCUCCCUGAUAUGAGCAUCGGAGCAUUUCAGGCUCCAAUGUUCUCCGUUGCCCUGCGCUGUAUCGUGCAGGGCAAAGGCAUUUUCUGUAAACCCGUGAUGUACCGGGCUCUCCAAGGGGAAAUCAAGGUGGAGGCUUCCGCCUAGCAUUGAGCCCUAUGACUACAGCAGCACUAAUGAGCGCUCUUUAGUGCUACCCUAACUUGUAAAAUGGCUAGGGCAGUGCUAACACUCCCUCCAUCAGAGCCGGUGACCUCACCAGGAACACUGCUAGGUGAAAGCCCCCACCUAGCAGUGUAAUAAUAUAAACAAAAACAAAACUUGCCCUGUGCCAUACAGCGCAGGGCAAGGAUGAGCAUCGGAGCAUGAAAUACUCCGAUGCAUAUGUCAGGGAGGCAGGAGGGGUGAAAUUGGCGAUAUAUCCGGGUUCAGCGCUGAAACCGGAAAACCCCUUUAAUGGUACUCCCACACAGGGUGGAUACACUGUAGGACUUUCAACCAUGGAAUUGCCGGCAGAAAAUAAGUGAAUGAGAUUUUUAUACAUUUUAUCAUCAAUUCACUGCUGCAUAAAAAAUCCAUUGUGGAUUUUACUUGUCUUGUGGAUCACAGAAUGUCAGUUUAUGCUGAGUAUUUCACUGCAGUUUUGAUACUAGACACUAUGCAAUGGAUUGGGUGAAUUCCCUGGUAAAUACACAGCAACAUUUAUAUGUAUUAUAUGUGGAUUUGUCUUCAGUCAUGGAAAAUUACACAGCAAAAAGCAUUUGAGGUCAGUCUUGUGGUACAUUACAUUACACUUGACUUCCACACUUGAACUACAUUGAACGCAAUAAUAAACAGUCUGAAGCUCCAUAGAUACCACUACUGGUGGCUGCAGUAGAAUUAUUUCAUUUAGCUGUAUACCUACAUAAAAAAGCGAGGUAAUUCAAAUUGGUGGCAAAAUUUUAAAUUUUUCUCAUCACUUGUCAUAGUUGAAGAGUGAGUAAAAGAAUUAGGUGUUACCUUCAAUUAGGUUAAUCAUAGUCAAUGUUGGUGUUGGACUGGGGUGCAUGUAGGCCAUCAGUAGAACAACCUUUGGGGGUCCACAGUCAAUCUGCAUGCAAAAAAUUGCCUGUUAAUUUAUAGACCUUCAAGUUCUUUGAUUAAAGCGUUCCAAGAACCAUAACUUUUCAAUUUUAAUUCUGUCAUAUAAAGGUUUGCUUUCUUCAAUGGGGUGGAUAUUAAAUGGUUCAUUUUUAUUUAUUUUUGGUGGGUGGAGUAGAAAAAAUAUAGUAAUCUGCUUUUGUUGUUUGCUGUUUUUAACGUUGUUUAUUUCACAUUAUUCUUGCCGUACCGAAUAUAUAUAUAUAUAUAUAUAUAUAUAAGCUUGACAAAGGCUCCAUUGAGAGAGCUGAAAUGCUG